AUGGCAACGCCUCAGUUCCUCUCCUCCUUCAAGUACGGCGACAGCCUGACGGUGGUCGGGAUCUCGCUCUGCACCGCCGUGGUCUGCGAGGCAAUCUCCUGGAUCUUGAUCUACCGAACAAGCUCCUACAAGUCGCUCAAGUCCUCGAUCGACAAAGCUUCGAAGAAGCUGGAGACCAUGAAAACCGACACCAACAAGAUCGUGACGAAGAAAUCCAAGUCCAAGAAGAUCAAUCGCGUGGAGACCUCGCUCAAGGAGUCGAGCCGCGACCUCUCCCUCUUCAAGUUCAAAUCGGGAGCCGUCGUGGCGCUGGUGCUCUUCAUCGUGUUCGGCCUGUUGAACUCGAUGUUCCAAGGGAAAGUCGUCGCGAAGCUGCCGUUCCACCCGAUUGCGCUCGUGAAGAAGAUGAGCCACAGGGGAUUGCAAGGCGACGACCCGACGGAUUGUUCCAUGGCGUUCUUGUACUUCCUGUGCUCGAUCAGCAUCCGUACGAAUCUCCAGAAGUUCCUGGGAUUCUCUCCCCCGCGUGGAGCUGCCGCAGCUGGAUUGUUCCCCAUGCCGGAUCCCAAAACCAAUUGA